AUGAUCAGAACUAGAGGUCUUCAGUUGCCCAGAGCUCAUCAUUUUCACAAGUACCUUAAACCCGGAGCCCUCGCCCGCAUCCGUGACUCCCGAAUUACUGCUCGAUCGCACCGCCUUAGCUUGCUCUGCCAGAUCUCUCUUCGCCCCCCCUCAACGCCGUCGUCCCCGCGUUCAACCGAUGCUCAGUCUCAGGUCAACGUUGCCGAGGGCUCCCCUUGCUUUGCCGGGAGGACCUACGGUCCACGUUGCCCGCAACGGAAGAAGCUCGCCGCCGCCAAGUACGUGUUGUUUGUUACCGCUGCUCCUUCCAAUCUAGCCCUGAAUUCGCCCCAUCUCAUCGCCGAUUCUUUUAUCAAUGACGUUGUUGCUGCUAAUUAA